GUUAUUGCUACAUGUACUUGGCAAAAGGAUAUCACUUCCAAGUACAUGUAGCAGUGACAAUGAAAGCUCAUGUAACUUGGGAAACUUGCACACUAGGGGGAGCUUGUUGCUUCAUCGUAGGAGAGGGUCUACUUAGCCUACCCCUAGAACUGGGGGAUUGUUUAUUUGGGGACCCUCUUCCUGUAAUAGGGGAACUUUGGAAGUGACCUUGGUAGAUGACUGUGACAUGUAUGACAUCAUGCUUAAUAACUGUAGGGUUAAUGUUGUUAAAAAAGGGUAGGGUUUGAGUUUUAAGGGGAAACUAUGAGUGUUUUAACACAUGACACAUGGUGAAUGAAUUCAAAUUUACAUGGUUAGUUUAUCCAUGGUUUAUCAGUAAAAAGUUCCACACCAACAGCUACCAUCAUGGUCAUAUCUUGCAGGCCCGAAGCACGCACAUAAUUUUUUCCCAGACUUGUGACAUGCGUGUAUAUCUUCUAUUGGCAGUAAUAAUCACCAGCCAUUUUUAGAAAGGAUACAACGGACGGCAACACGACGGUGCCAUGACAUGAUGGCACGAUGCAAAGCAAUUUUGUUGGCUACAGAACACCAUACUAUUUACAUACAGUGUUGUAGUCGAGUCACCAAUGUCGAGUCCCGAGUCCAAGUCUCGAGACACAAACCUGGAUUUUGAGUCUCAAGUCACAAACCUCGAGUCCAAGUCACAAGUCAUGAUCAAGUUGUUCAGCCAAUUAUUCUCUAAGUAUAUCAAGCCAUGGAGGACAUCCAUGAUCAAAAUUGAGCUUUCAGAUGAAGAGAAGCUCAGGUAUACUUCCCGUGCCAAGACAUACAGUGAGGAGCAGAAAUACGCAGACCCAGACACUGGCAAGAUGGACUGCACUGGACAGCUGAUCAGUGAGCGGGUGGAUCGUAUGGCCCUGAACGAGACCAGGCGAUCCAAAGAGCGGAGACAAAUGAUUGAGAAAUGGCCAUCAGGGCAUUCUGUUUGCAUGGAGACAUUCUACAUGUUGGCCUUUGAGACGCUGUGCGAGCUACCCGAUGACCUGGGCUACCUGCCGUGUGAGGUCGCCUGCGUGUCGUACAGCCUGUACUCGGGAAUCAUUGAUGUUUUUCACAAGUUCAUUGAGCCAGGCAGGCUGCCGGUUGGAUAUCGCUACCAGUGUCAGCGCAAGAGUGACUAUUUGCAGUUACAGAGACGAAACGAAGUAGAAGGGUGUUUGCGAUGGCUCUCUGAUAGAGCAGGUGUCCCCAACAGGCUGGGCAAGGUCUACGAAAUGGAGGUCUUGCUCUGUGAGUUGUUCGUCCAUGGGGGCGCCAAACCACCAUCCCACUCGGGCUGCACAAACCUGCUGACGACUUCCACCUUUGACUAUGAAGCAGAUACACGAUGCAAGUACCACGAAGAAAAUGAAGUGACAGUAGACAACUGUGCUUUGGGAAAAGCCAAGAAGAACUGCUUCUGUUUGAGUGAUGCCCUGGCCUCCAUCUACAACAUAGAGCUGACGUCCAGCCACCUCCCUGAACGCCAGGAUGUCUCCACGUACCUGGUGAUCCCGCCCCCCGUCUACGGCAUCCAGUUCUCCAACGCCAAGCCCAAGCCCAAACCGCCCCAGAACCCAUCCACCAGAGGCAGAGGCCUGGAGGUGGACCACAGGCGCAGGGAGCCGGCGGUCGGUGCCCAUCCCACGGACCGUUCAGACGAGCGUUUACAGAAACCUGUGCACAAGCCAGUCAUCCAGGAAGAACCAGUGAGGAGACCAACAUCCUUAGGUGUGAGUGGUGGCAUGCUAGCCGCCAAGCAGGUGCAGCCCAUGAAGGACCGAGAGAUGGGAACCAAAAUGGCAAUGCUGCAACCGAGGGCUGGUGCUCCAUCAAAGUUUGCUCUUCCAGCAUCUGCCCCUCCUCCCUCCUCUCUACCUCUCCCUGGGGCAUCAUGGCAGGGCUCGGCGAAAGUGUUCUCUGGCCCAGAUGAUCUCUCCAGUGAUAUGACGAACAGGUGUCAAGUGGCGCCCCCUUUUAGCUUGGGACGGGGACUAGGGCGGAGUCUGGGACGUGGGAAGCCCUUGUCAUAAACCCACUCUGGCUGCCCGGAGGGGAGACUGGAAGACCCUAUGGGCCCCUCCUGUUAUCUGAGGAGGAAGGGUGGCUAUGUGAUUUAUUCACGAUAGCCAUGGGGGACCAAGGACAUUCGGCUGGCAGUCGUGCCAGCCGGUCCCCACCUUACUUCAACUGAUGGACAGUGCCGAUAACAAUCUCAGCUACUGCUAGUGCCUCCACUGCUCCCCGUUUACGCACUGUGGAACGAAGAACUGUUCCUUUCUUAUUCUGUUCUUAAUUCUUUGCAUGUGUAAAGCCCAUAACCUUGGAAGUCAGUAAGUCUAUUUGGACUGGUUGUCUGAAAGAGAAGAAAUGAGUUUAUAAAGUAGCCCAUUUUUAGAAGUGUUUAGAUUUUUUAGUAUAUGAUUGAGCCUGUUCUUUAGAAAACGUGUUAUCUGUGAUGUGGUAGAACCUAAAUAUGCCCUUCCCGUUAAACUCAUAUAGUAUUUGCAUAUUUUGAUAUAUUUUGUAAGAAUCACACAUUGCUGCAAUGUUGGUACACGCCACGGAGUGUGCCAUAAAGUAUGACCCAUGAGCUGGAACAAGAGAGGGCGCAAUUUUCCUAGCAACGGAGGCUCCUUCGGCGGGAACUGCACUUCGCUGGUUCAUAAAU